AUGAUAUGGCGGAGCAGAGCUGGUGCUGAAUUGUUCUCUCUGAUGGCUCUAUGGGAGUGGAUAGCACUGAGUCUUCAUUGCUGGGUUUUAGCAGUUGCCGCUGUUUCGGAUCAGCAUGCCACAAGCCCCUUCGACUGGCUCCUCUCUGAUAAGGGACCCUUCCAUCGUUCACAGGAAUACACAGAUUUUGUGGACAGAAGCCGGCAGGGAUUUAGCACAAGAUACAAGAUAUACAGGGAGUUUGGCCGCUGGAAAGUAAAUAACCUUGCAGUUGAGAGAAGAAAUUUCCUUGGCUCCCCUCUGCCUCUUGCCCCUGAAUUCUUCCGCAACAUAAGACUUUUGGGACGUCGACCUACCCUUCAGCAAAUCACAGAAAACCUUAUCAAGAAAUAUGGGACACAUUUCUUGCUAUCUGCUACUCUGGGAGGAGAGGAGUCACUCACAAUUUUUGUGGACAAGCGGAAGCUGAGCAAACGAUCUGAAGGAAGUGAUCCCAGCACCAACAGCUCCUCGGUCACUCUGGAGACGCUACAUCAACUAGCUGCUUCCUAUUUCAUCGACAGGGACAGCACCCUUCGGAGACUUCACCACAUUCAGAUUGCAUCCACUGCCAUAAAGGUAACAGAAACACGGACUGGUCCUCUUGGCUGCAGUAACUAUGACAACCUAGAUUCUGUCAGUUCUGUUCUGGUUCAGAGUCCUGAGAAUAAGAUUCAGUUGCAAGGGCUGCAAGUACUCCUUCCAGACUACCUUCAGGAGCGUUUUGUACAAGCAGCUUUGAGCUACAUAGCUUGCAAUUCAGAGGGAGAGUUUAUCUGCAAGGACAAUGACUGCUGGUGUCAGUGUGGUCCCAAGUUUCCAGAAUGCAACUGCCCCUCCAUGGACAUUCAAGCCAUGGAGGAGAAUCUUCUUCGCGUAACUGAAACCUGGAAAUCCUACAACAUUGACUUUGAGGAAUCAGAUGAAUUCAAAUUCUUUAUGAAAAGACUACCCAUGAAUUAUUUCCUCAACACGUCUACCAUAAUGCAUUUGUGGACAAUGGACUCUAAUUUUCAGCGCCGCUAUGAACAACUGGAGAACAGCAUGAAGCAACUUUUCCUAAAGGCACAGAAAAUUGUACACAAGCUCUUUAGCCUUAGCAAGAGAUGUCAUAAACAACCCCUCAUCAGCUUGCCAAGACAAAGAACCUCAACCUACUGGCUCACUCGCAUCCAGUCUUUUCUCUACUGCAAUGAGAAUGGACUCCUGGGCAGCUUUUCAGAAGAGACGCACUCGUGCACGUGUCCCAACGACCAGGUGGUCUGCACGGCCUUCCUGCCCUGCACGGUGGGCGACGCGUCCGCCUGCCUCACCUGCGCCCCUGAAAACCGCACCCGCUGCGGCGCCUGCAACACGGGCUACAUGCUCAGCCAGGGGCUCUGCAAGCCCGAGGUCGCCGAGUCCACCGAUCAUUACAUCGGCUUCGAGACCGACCUGCAAGAUCUCGAGAUGAAGUACCUGUUGCAGAAAACGGACAGGCGACUAGAGGUCCAUGCCAUCUUCAUCAGCAACGACAUGCGCCUCAACAGCUGGUUCGACCCCUCCUGGCGGAAGCGGAUGCUCCUCACCUUGAAGAGCAACAAGUACAAGUCGAGCCUGGUCCACAUGAUCCUGGGUCUCUCUUUACAGAUUUGCUUAACUAAAAACAGCACCCUGGAGCCGGUGUUGGCCGUUUACAUCAAUCCCUUCGGAGGCAGCCACUCUGAGAGCUGGUUUAUGCCUGUGGAUGAAAACAGCUUCCCCGACUGGGAGCGGACUAAGCUGGACCUCCCCCUGCAGUGUUACAACUGGUCGCUGACUCUGGGGAACAAGUGGAAGACAUUUUUUGAGACAGUGCACAUCUACCUGAGGAGUCGCAUCAAGUCAAAUGGCCACAACGGCAACGAGAGCAUUUACUACGAACCCCUGGAGUUCAUCGACCCUUCCCGGAACCUGGGUUAUAUGAAAAUCAAUAACAUUCAAGUGUUUGGCUACAGCAUGCACUUUGACCCGGAAGCAAUUCGGGACCUGAUUCUGCAGCUGGACUACCCCUAUACUCAGGGAUCCCAGGACUCAGCACUUUUGCAACUUCUAGAGAUAAGAGACCGUGUAAAUAAACUCUCCCCACCCGGUCAGCGUCGUCUAGAUCUUUUCUCUUGCUUGCUUCGUCAUAGACUCAAGCUGUCUACUAGUGAGGUGGUGAGGAUCCAAUCUGCUCUGCAGGCGUUUAAUGCCAAAUUGCCAAACACAGUGGAUUAUGACACGACCAAAUUAUGUAGUUAACCAUAAAUGUCAAGCACAACCCAAAAUCUUGAAGGAGUUUUUA